AUGAAAUUGAAGUGUCUUGGAGAACAAACGGUGACUCAUGGACUUUUCGGAGGACUGAAAAGGCGGGAAAACCACGAGAUGUAUUCCAUUAAAUUGCGUAAUACAGAAAAUAAUUUCUGUUGUAAUGUAGAAGUAAUGGAUCAGAAUAAAAUUUGCACUUCUCUUCCCAAAUUAGAUCCUAAAAAUAUCGAAGAAGUAAAACAAUUGAGUAUAUUUGUUAGUGAUAUUUGCUUAGAUGAAAAUCUUUGUUUGUAUGAAAACGAUCCCAAGGAGAUUCACAUAUUAUUAGGGGCAGAUACGGCAGCCAGAUUAUUUACAGGAGAAAUUAAAAACCUUUCGCCUGAUCUAAUUGCUAUGAACACCAAGUUAGGGUGGACAGUUAUUGGAAGAUCAGGAAUUAAUAAAAAUAAUAGUUCCAGCACGCUAAUGUCGCUACUUGUCAACGACGUAAAUAUAUCCGAUCUUUGGAGGCUUGAUACAUUGAAUAUCAAUGACCCUGCGGAAACUCAAAGUAGAAAAGAACUAGAAGAAGCGGCUAAGGAGCAUUUCGAACGCAGUGUAAUACGAGAUAACGAGAGGCGCUACAUUGUCAGUCUACCGUGGAUACAUGAUCAUCCACCUCUUCCUGAUGGCAGAAAAAUAGCUGAAAGAAGACUUAACAGUUGUAUUAAAGCCUUAGAACGUGCCGAAAAGCUGGCCGAUUAUGAUGAUGUUUUUCAGGAUUGGCAGAGUGAGGGUAUUAUUGAAGAAGUUGAUCCUAUGCAAGAAAUCAAAGAAGGACAGCAUUUCUUACCUCACCAUCCUGUCUUCAAGGAGAUUUCGACGACCAAAGUUCGACCCGUUUUUGAUGGUUCAGCUAAAGAAAAUAAUAUACCUUCUAUUAAUGACUGCCUCGAAAAGGGACCAAAUCUUGUAGAACUCAUUCCAUCUCUCAUAAAUCGCUUUCGUGUUGGAAAAUAUGGAGUGAUAUCUGACAUCAAGAAGGCCUUUCUGCAAAUUGGAUUACAAGAACGAGAUAGACCAUAUCUCAGACUUUUAUGGAAGGAUAGAAGAAAAGACGGAAAUACCAAGAUCCUGCAGCACAAAAGAGUUGUGUUCGGAAUCUCCUCCAGUCCUUUCCUUCUAGGAGCUACAUUAGAACUUCAUUUAAAAAACGCCCCAGAUCAUCUCAAGGAAACAGCCCAGCAACUUAUGAAGUCCUUCUACGUUGAUAAUUGUGUUUUCAGCGUCAACAAAAAAGAAGAACUCGCUAGAUUUAUUUCGGAAUCGCAAGCACUAUUAUCUACUGCCAAGUUUGAACUUCGAGGGUGGGAGCAUUCUCCUACUGAAGACAAAACUGAAGAAAGGCAAGAAGACCGAAAGGUUCCAGUUCUUGGGCUUCUGUGGAAUUUACCAAAGGACACUAUAUCUCUAGAUUUGAAAAGUUUGAUGAAAGAAGAUAAAGGACCUAUUACAAAAAGAAAAAUCCUGUCAACCGUUCAUCGAAUCGUUGAUCCGAUAGGAUUUUCUUGUCCAGUGACUCUAGAGCCCAAAUCUUGGUUGCAGGAAUGCUGGAAAUUGGGGCUGUCCUGGGAUGCUGAACUCCCUCUGCUGAUAACUGAAAGAUUCGAACGCUGGAAGAUGAAGUUACCGAAAUUGAAUGAUCUUAAAAUACCAAGAUGUAUACGUGAGGGCUUUGCAGAAGAUUCCAGAUUUUCCAUCCAUGUUUUUUGUGACGCAAGUCAGAGUGCCUACGCCUCAUGUAUCUUCUUGAGAGCUGAAUCUGCUGAUAAUACGUCGUGCCAGUUAAUACAAGCUAGAAAUAGAGUUGUUCCUUUGAAAAAGAUCUCUAUUCCACGCCUAGAACUUUUGGCCUGCACUAUUGGGGAUAGAUUGGCAAACGCAACCAUAUCCGAACUUGGACUUGAGAACAUACCAAUCUUCUACUGGUCUGACUCUAUGAAUGCUUUGUAUUGGAUCAAAAGAAAUGAGAAUUGGGCCACGUUCGUUUACAACAGGGUACUGGAAAUCCGUAAACUCACUAAUCCUGAAGACUGGAGGCACAUAAGUGGAACAUUAAACCCAGCUGACCUUCCAUCACGAGGUUCCAAUGCAGAGGAACUUGUGAAAUCCCUUUGGUGGAAUGGUCCAAAUUGGCUGAGAAUGCCUAUAGAAGAUUGGCCUGUUUCGGAAACUAUGCCGGAUUUCGACGUUGUAAACUCCGAAAAAAGAACGUAUUAA